CCGUUCCGGGGCGUGAUUUUACUGGCUGAGGCGCAACUUCCGCUCUCGACUCCUCCUUUGUCUGAGUCCUUUCGGUCCUCCGCCUAGUUAUUUAUUUAUUUCCUUUUCGUUUGUGGGGUAUAUUUUUAUAUAUCCUUAUCUCUCGGUUAUUGAAUGACAUUCGAUUCCGACACAUAUAUGCCUAAAAGCAAAGCCCCCAAAAUGGAUGAUCUGGACUACAUCCCAGCGGACCUGAGCCCAGAGGAGCGCUCCGAGCUGGAGGAGAUCCGCCGCAGGAAAGGAGCGCUGCUUCUGGAGAUCCAGAGACUGAAAGAGGAGCUGAGAGAAGCCAUUAUAGAGGUGGAGGGGCUGGAGAGCAGCACAGAGGGCAGUAAAACAUUACAGAAGAGUCGGCAUGUGGCCAUGGGCAGGAAGAAAUUCAACAUGGACCCGAAAAAGGGCAUUGUAUUCCUAGUGGAGAAUGAGCUUCUUAGACACACUCCAGAGGACAUUGCCCAGUUUCUGUACAAAGGAGAAGGACUCAAUAAAACUGCAAUAGGAGACUAUCUGGGUGAAAGAGAUGAUUUCAAUAUUAAAGUAUUGCAAGCUUUUGUUGAUCUUCACGAAUUCACGGAUCUGAACUUGGUACAAGCACUUCGGCAGUUUCUGUGGAGCUUCCGCUUGCCUGGUGAGGCUCAGAAGAUCGACAGGAUGAUGGAGGCUUUUGCACAGAGAUACUGUCACUGCAAUCCUGGAGUCUUCCAGAGCACAGACACAUGUUACGUGCUGUCGUUUGCCAUCAUCAUGUUGAACACCAGUUUGCACAACCCCAACGUGCGGGACAAGCCCACGGUGGAGCGCUUCAUCAGCAUGAACAGAGGCAUCAACGAUGGAGGAGAUUUACCAGAGGAGCUGCUCAGAAAUCUGUAUGACAGCAUCAAGAACGAGCCCUUCAAGAUCCCAGAGGAUGAUGGGAAUGACCUGACGCACACUUUCUUCAACCCGGACAGAGAAGGCUGGCUCCUCAAACUGGGAGGUCGUGUGAAAACAUGGAAGAGACGGUGGUUCAUUCUGACUGACAACUGCCUCUAUUACUUUGAGUACACAACAGAUAAGGAGCCCAGAGGCAUUAUACCGUUGGAGAACCUGAGCAUUCGAGAGGUCGAAGAUCCCAGAAAGCCAAACUGUUUUGAGCUGUACAUCCCUAAUAACCGCGGGCAGCUGAUUAAAGCGUGUAAGACCGAGGCCGACGGUCGAGUGGUGGAGGGAAACCACAUGGUGUACCGGAUCUCAGCUCCUACCCCGGAGGAGAAGGACGAAUGGAUCCACAGCAUCAAGUCUGCUGUGAGCGUGGACCCCUUCUACGAGAUGCUUGCAGCCAGGAAGAAACGCAUUUCCCUAAAGAAGAAAGAAGAGCAGCCCUGAAAGUCCUCCAUUCCUCCUCAAUCCAUCCAUCCAUACGCUCCCUCCAUUCUCUGGGAAACCAAUGAUCCUUCGUUACGGUAGCUCUCAUCAGACCAAUCUGUUAUUCUGGUUGUAUGGAGAGAUGGAUGUCGUUGGGAAACCAGAGCGUCGUCAUCUUCAGUUUGGAUUUCAGUGGUCUGGACUUAUUUCCAUACUUCUACACUUGCACACUACACAGUGUUAUUCACUAUCACACUAGUCUGUACAGACACUCGCUGCAUUAUGCCGACAUUCUAUAGGACUUCACUGACAAACAUAACGUUCAUAAACCUGCAUAAAUCUCCAUCCUCAUCUCACACUCCCUCCGCUCUCACAUUCGGUGGCUUUCAACCGCCGUUCCUGUUAUUUACAGCAUUUUACUGUGAAGUUCUUACACAAACAGGGUAGACGACCAAACAGCCUGAUGUAUUCUUCAUCACCACCAUCAUCAUCAUCAUCAUCAGGGACGGAUCUAACCGAAGCUUUAGCAGAGACGAGUGGGACGUUUUGUUCACGCUGAAGGCUUUUGUUAGUUCGGUCGCUGUUGAGUUACUGAGUCUAUUCUGCUGCCUGUCUUAACGUUAUUUUAUCUGAACUGACACUAUUUAUCUCGGACUCGUUUGAGUUUAUUUACAUGUUAUAAAUGAAGAUGUAAAUGAAGGUCAUUGCUAUUCACGCUAUUCAUCGAGACUGACGAGCGUUACUGAGCUGAGCGUAUCACUUCAGUUUACCUGCUAGUUACAUAUCACUUCAGCAUAUCUAUGAAACAGGAUAUGCGUUUUACACUAAUGUUGGUAUCGGCCCACCGGUGAUGUCAUUUCCUGUGCACAGUUGAUGACAAUUGUGUUGAACUUCACUGACGACCCAUCAGAACAUCUGUAGAAAUGCACAUCAUUAUUUGUGAAUCCUUGAAUAAGCUCCUUCACCUUAAGAAACGAGCCUUAAACGUCCCACAGCCCUGUUUCUGAAUGUCCUUACACUAGUGUUUCAACUAAACUAACUAGGUUUAAUCACAGGGGCUGCAAAACUGUUCUUGGGGGAAUCUCACGAAAUCAUGUCCAGAUUAUACCACACACACUAAGAAAACAGAUUUUGUGUGUUUUUUUUUGUUUUUGUUUUUUUUUAAAGGCUGAUUUUUAUGUAUUUAUUAUUAUUUGGCAUUAUUUCCAUAACUAAGCACAUUUCCUCCUAGAUGCAUACAAGCGUUUGGUGGAAUGAAUUCUAUUUUCUUAUUUCUCUGAAAUCUGGAAUGAAAUUUGACUCAUGAUCUUGACCGAUUUGGUGAGAUUCACUCUCGUACUCUUUCCUACUACAAGCAAAGAAAUUUAAAAAGAUGUUAUUAAAGGACUGAUUAUGGUAAUUUGCUGAAAAUGUACUCACCCACAUUCGAGAUGUUUUUCAUCAGGUUUGUAGAAAUGUGUCUCUGCAUCAGUGUCUCAGCAAUGGAUGCUCUGCAGUGAAUGGGUGCCGUCAGAAUGAGAGUCCAAACAGCUGAUAAAAACAUCACAGUAAUUCAGAAAUGCCUUAAAGAUGGAUUUGUUUAACUUCAAACUGUUGAAAAUAUGAGUCCAUAAUGACGCUUCCUCCGGAGAAUCAGUCAUCUGGUCUGAAUCAGGAGAGAAAUCAAACCCCGUUUACAAGCCGAAACCGAUCUAAACAAAUAUGUGGCUGGAUUUUGAUGUGGACUUUUUCACUGGAGGAAGCGUUAUUAUGGAUUAUGGACUCGCAAUUUAGUUAAAAACAUCUUAAUGCUGGACUUGUUUCAGCUUUUGUCUUCUCCAGAUGGACUGGAGUGGUGUGGAUUAUUGUGAUGUUCUGACGGCACCCAUUCACUGCAGAGCAUCCAUUGCAAUGACGCAUUUCUCCAAAACUGUUCCCAUCAAGCCUGAGAGUAAGUGCAUUUUCAGCAAACUUUCAUUUUUGGGUGAACUAUUUCAGUUUGAAGUCCUAUCUUUCAGAAUGUGUGUUUGCUAUGGCAGAGAAAGACGUGUCCGCUGCUUCAUCCCCAUGAAAGAUGUUUUUCUCUGAUCCCCGAUCCUAAGAUAUGUGCCAGACGAUGCGACGAGCUGUAUUGUUGCUUGUGUGAAACACUAGUCACUCCUCUUACUCAGUGCUGUUCAGUUUGAAGGAGUCCAUGGCAGCUUUUUCCGAUGUACAUGAUAUUUUGCCUUUUCUGUUUGUAAAUACAUGUUGUUAUGUUGGUUUACAACACACAUUGAUAGCAUUUUUUAUUUAUUGUUUUUCAGUUCUUUCUUUCUAUGUGAGACAUAAGGAUGGGGGCUGCAUGUUGUACUGAACCGAAGCGUCUUUCUCCAGUGUUUCGGGCGACUAUUAGCGUUCUGUAUUUCUAAACUCGCGAGAACUUGCUGGGCAAAGAAUUGGCAUUGCUGUUAAAAUAGGCUACAGAUUACGAAGCGGAAACGAAAUAAUCCAUAAGAUCUUUUAAAAUGACUGAUCAUACAGAACACUAAUAGCGUCUGUAGUCUAACAUAAUAACCGCUCUAUUUAAAUAUACUAAUUAUGAAACGGUCAAUACUGAGAGUUGUUUAGCAGUGCAUUUUGCUUGACUUUUGUGAUAUUUCCCGAUUAAUAUAAAGCUUGGCUGUAGUAAUUGAGACCUAUUUAAUAGUUUGGAGUUAGAAUCCAUGUUUAUAUGGCACUUUACUAGAGUUCAGCACAGUUUCGACUAAACCACAGCUUGUUUUGCUCUGUACGAGUGUGUAACUAGUACUGCAGUUCUUAACUGGUUUAAGCUUUGCUGCACAUGUAAAGGAUGCCAGUAUACAGCAUCCGUACCGAAUCGUUUGAAGUGAAUCUGCUUCACGUUGUAUUGUAUGCGAAGCCACAGGCCGUCCGUAUGUGACUGAGAGACUCCAAGUGUUAAAUGGCAUCAGCUGCGGACUGCAACAGUACAUUCCUUGAUAUAAGCUAUGCGUUUAAACUCAUAUUUCGGGCAUGACGUGGUCUGAUGAAGACGCUAGAAUGACUUGAAUAUGUUUUGGAGGCUCUGGAGAAAUAUGGGCAUUCUUGAUGAGAAGUGCAAAGGUGCCAAAGCCUUUCAGCUAGUCUGUGAAUACAGUAGGACAAAUGAAAGCAUUUCCUCUUCCUCCUCUUUGUUUUCUCUCCCGGCUUCUGAUUGGCCACAGAAUGGUACAGAUUGUUGGAAAAUUCAUGUAGCAAAAUGAAAACUCAGUUAUGGUACACUGGUGCCAAUCAACUCUAAUAAACAAAAUGGAUAAAAACAUUCAUGUUGCGUGUGCUUU